AUGCAACGUCUUUGGUUUAAACUCCAGAGAUUGAAGAAGGACAUUAAACGGUUUAGCAGAGAUAAUGGAAAUAUGGGGAUUAAACUACAGGCUGCUAGAACUAGUCUCCAUCAGGCCCAACUGGAACUUAUCAAUAAUAGGCAGAACCAUAUCCUUAUAGAGAGGAUCAAACAGCUUUCUAUUGAUAUCAACACGAUUCAUGAGCAUGAGGAAUCCAGGAUGCGACAACGGACUAAACUCAACUGGAUACGGCAGGGUGAUGAUAACUCCAAGUUCUUUUUCGCAUAUCUUAAGGCAAGACAGAAUAAAAGCUGUAUCACUUUCCUUCAACAGGAGAAUGGAGAAAUUCUAACUGAGCAGAAUGAUCUAGAAAAAGAAGUUCUGGAUUUUUAUGGUAGUCUUAUGGGGGAUCGGGCUAGGCGCAUCCAACACAUAGACAUUUCUGCCAUGAGGGAGGGGAGCCAACUAAGAUUGGACCAGCAGAUAGACCUUACUUGCCAAGUUACGAUACCGGAAAUAGAAGCUGCCCUGAAAGGUAUUGGUGACUAUAAGUCUCCUGGGAUUGACGGAUUUAACGCCAAAAUCUUUAAAAAAUGUUGGCCUUUUAUGCAAAAAGAUAUUGUGGCUGCUGUUACUGAAUUUUUUCGAACAGGUGUGAUAGAUGGGAGAUUUAAUAAAACUGUGGUUACACUCAUUCCGAAAGGUGACAAUGCGACGAGUAUUCGAGACUAUAGGCCAAUUGCGGGUUGUACCACUUUCCUGAAGAUUAUUUCAAAAAUCCUCACUGCUCGAUUGAGGAAAGUUCUCCCGAGCGUCAUCAACGUUAAUCAAGCCGCUUUCGUGGUAGGACAAGAUAUACACAAUCACAUUCAUCUUGCCUAUGAAUUAUUAAAGGGUUAUGAGAGGAAAACAGGGACGCCCCGAUGUAUGUUUCAGAUAGACUUACAGAAGGCGUACGAUAUGGUUCAUUGGGAUGCUCUAGCUUGUAUUAUGAAGGAGAUGGGUAUUCCAAAUACAUUUACUAAUUGGGUGAUGAAUCUUGUCAACUCUGUUUGCUAUGUUUUAAAGUUAAUGGCAGGCCUUAUAUUCAAUCCUCGAAAGUGCAAGGCUUUUUAUGGUAGUGUUGAUGACGAGAACCGGCGCCGCAUCAAAGCUAUAACAGGAUUUGAUGAAGGAACAUUCCCUGUUAGGUACCUGGGUGUUCCCCUCAGCAGCAAAAAGCUUAGUGUGAACCAUUACCUUCCACUUGUUGAUAAAAUCACAAGCAGAAUCCGUCACUGGUCCGCAAAGAUGCUUAGUUAUGCUGGUCGUGUUCAGUUAGUCCGCAGUGUUAUUGGAUCCAUAGCUCAGUAUUGGAUGCUUAAUUUUCCCCUCCCCAAAUCUGUUUUGAAGCAAAUUGAUAUUAUUUGUCGUACUUUUGUGUGGACAGGUAAAUCGGAAGCUAGUAGGAAGAGUCCGGUGGCUUGGCAUAAAGUAUGCAGUCCGUGUAAGCAAGGAGGUUUGGGACUUAUUAAUAUCACCAUUUGGAACCAAGUUACCCUCCUUAAAUGCCUUUGGAAUAUUUGUAACAAAAGCGAUAGCCUCUGGAUUCGAUGGAUCCAUAAGGUUUAUCUGAAAGGGAAGGAUGUCAUGGAGGUAGAGGCGGGGCAGAACUGGACAUGGAUACUGAGGAAAAUUCUGAACUGCAAACCAUUGAUUGCUAGCAUCGACUCGGACUGGCAGCAUAUGCUCACUAUCCGUAAGUUCUCUAUGAAAACUGUGUAUAAUCGAUUGAUUGAUGAUAUUUCUGUCUGUUGGCACUCAUUGCUGAGACGCAAUAUUGCUCGGCCUAGAGCCCGUAUUACUCUUUGGAUGUUGUGUCACGGUCAACUACCUACGAAGGAGAGGCUAUAUCGAUUCGGGAUGUUGGAUAAUAAGAUAUGCAGCUUAUGUAAUCAAGUGGAGGAAACAGUGGAUCACCUCUUUUUUGAGUGCCCUGCUACUAAGAGAGUGUGGAAUGCUGUUCUGGUUUGGCUCAAUAUUCAACACCUCCCUUUGCCUUGGAAUUUAGAAUUGCCUUGGAUCUUGAAGAAUACUAAAGGAAAGGGAUGGAGAGCAAUGCUCCUUAAACUGGCUGUCACGGAAGCAGUUCACGAAAUUUGGUUAUUUCGUAAUGAUCUUAUUUUCAAUAGCAAUACGUAUAGAAGUAACACUGUGGAAAAAAUAGUUGACUAUAUAGCAUAUAGAGGUUGGGAUAAUAGGAAACUUAGAUUGCAUGUGGCAAGUCUAAUGUUAUAG